CACUUACCAGCAUGUCUUUCUUUCAGCCACAUGCACCCAAAGCAUCCAGGAGGCCUGCGAUAGAUCCAAAGCAUCAGCCAUGGGUGGAGAAAUACCGACCGCAAACAAUCGACGACGUCUCCGCUCAAGAGCAUACUGUAGCAGUCCUUAGGAAGACCCUGACAUCUUCCGAUCUCCCGCACAUGCUGUUCUAUGGCCCACCUGGAACCGGCAAGACAUCGACGAUCCUUGCCCUAGCACGUCAGCUAUACGGCCCGGACAACUUUCGCUCUCGAGUGCUCGAAUUGAAUGCUUCCGACGAGCGUGGCAUCUCGAUCGUUCGCGAAAAGAUCAAAAACUUCGCACGUCAGACACCUCGUGCUCAAGUAAUUGCAUCGGACGGAAAGACAUAUCCAUGUCCUCCCUACAAGAUCAUUAUCUUGGAUGAGGCGGACUCGAUGACGCAGGACGCCCAGGCAGCUCUGAGAAGAAUCAUGGAGAACUAUGCGAGGAUCACACGCUUUUGCCUCGUCUGCAACUAUGUUACUCGAAUCAUCGAACCGCUUGCUUCUCGAUGUUCAAAAUUUCGUUUCAAGCCACUGGAUCCCGCUUCCACUUCCACCCGUCUGGCUCAAAUAGCCGCAGCAGAAAAUGUCUCAGUCGCAGACGAAGUGAUCACUGCACUCAUUAACACCUCUAACGGAGACCUCCGUCGGUCUAUCACAUAUCUCCAAUCUGCAUCCCGCCUCUCGAUGUCUACGGAUCCCCCCACAGACAUUACUUCAAAUGACAUCCAAGAGAUCGCUGGCGUGAUACCCAAUCCUGUCAUACAUGACUUUGCAAAGAUCCUUGGAGUUGAGAUAAUUUCUGUCGACGCAACGGACGUCGAUGACGGCGCAGAUUCAAGAGCAAAGAGUUAUGAUGGCGUGAGGAAUAAAGUCAAAGAGAUCAUCAGACAGGGCUAUUCGGCUUCCCAGAUUCUAUCCCAACUGCAUGAUCUCGUUAUUGAGCAUCCCACUCUGUCAGCCAGGCAAAAAUCCCGUUGCGCUCUGGUUUUCGCCGAAGCCGACAAAGCGCUGUGCGAUGGUGCGGACGAGGAGCUGUGGGUUUUAGAGGUCGGCCUGCGAGUGUAUAAAGCUCUCUCGACAUAAAUGAGAUUCGUACAGCAUCCGACUGUAGUUAUACAUUGCGCCUUAUGACAAUGUGACAUUGACACGUUGCAAAGGGAAGGAGCCUAACGAGAGCAGGUUCGCACUGUAGACAGCACAAGCAAACGAGAACAAAAAAAACAGCUAUGCUAUCAACAUCGUGAAAAAAAAACCUUCAAGACACCCUAGCUUCACCGGAUACCAGCGGUGGCUUUUUGGAGCGCACGCUUGAUGCCCAACUGCGCCUUUCUGAGCUCAUCAGCGGACGAGUCCUCAAUUUCCAACUUCUCCAGCGCA